AUGGCCGCCGUCUCCGCGGCCCCGAUGCCUCCCCGACUCGCCCUCCGUGCCCACCCCUCCUCCUCCGCCUCUCCGCUCCCUAUGCGCGCGCUCCCCUUCCUCCGCAGCCGCCUCCGCUCCUUGACCACGGCCUACGCUGUCAAGCAGGACGCGGCCCUCUGGACCCCUGCGCCCGUCUCCGCCGUCAGCGCCGCCACCUCCGACGGCUCCAUCUCCCACGUCAUCGUCGACCUCUCCGACGCCGCGGACCUCGUGGACUCGUACACGACCCCGGGGCAGUACCUCAAGAUCCGCGUACCCUCUGCCGCGGACGAGCUCAAGCCGGCGUUCAUGGCCAUCGCCUCGCCGCCCGGCGAGGGGCCCCGGUUCGAGUUCGUCGUCAAAACCGUUCCGGGGACCACUGCGGAGCGGCUCUGCACCCUCCGAGACGGGGAUGUUGUGGAGCUCGGCGCCGUCACGGGGGACGGGUUCGCCCUCGACAAGAUAAAUCCGCCCGACGUCGCGCAGACCGUGCUCCUCUUCGCGACGGGGACGGGGAUCAGUACGAUUCGUUCACUUAUCGAGUUCGGUUUUGCUGCCAAUGAAAGAGCUGAUGUGAGGCUUUAUUAUGGUGCUAGAAGUCUGCAAUCGAUGGCAUACCAGGAGAGAUUCAAGAACUGGGAGUCAACUGGAGUUAAGAUAAUACCAGUCUUAUCACGACCAGAUGACAGUUGGAAAGGCGAACGAGGACAUGUUCAGGAUGCUUUCUACAGAAACAAGAACAUAGUAAAUCCAUCUUCUACGGGAGCCGUACUUUGUGGACAGAAUGAAAUGCAGGAGGUGCGCAUUGUUGUUGUUUCAAGACCCUUUUGCAUAACUUUACCAUUAAGCGUGUUGAGCCUACGAAAAAAAUUGUUUGCUACUUGUGAGUCAAACUGCUACUACAUCAAACUGUGCAUGAAUACACUUAAGUAG